GAGUGUCCCUGGGCAUGUGUGCAGCGGGCACCGAUGAGCCUGGCCCCGAGGGCCUCACCUCCACCUCCCUGCUUGACCUGCUGCUGCCUACUGGCUUCGAGCCGCUGGACUCAGAGGAGCCUAGUGAGGCCAUGGGCCUGGGCACUGGCCUGGCCCCGGGCUCGGGCUUCCCCAGCGAGGACAGCGAGGAGUCCCGGCUCCUGCAGCCACCGCAGUACUUCUGGGAAGAGGAGGAACUGAACGGCUCCAGUCUGGACCUGGGGCCCACAGCAGACUACGUCUUCCCAGACCUAACUGAGAAGGCAGCGUCCAUGGAAGACAUGGGCCAGGCUCAGGAGCUGCCAAACCUCCCCUCUGCCUUGCCCAAGACGAAUCUCGCUGAGCCACCUUGGCAUAUGCCUCUGGAAGAAGAGGAGGAGGAAGAGGAAGAAGAAGAAGAGGAAGAAGAGAGAGAAAAGGAGGAGGAGGAAGUAGAAGAACUGCUCCCUGUGAGCGUGUCCCCAGAAUCCACAAUGCCAGCUCAGGACUUUUCUCCCAGCAGCAGCAGCCAGAGCCCUGAGGGCACCAGACAUAGGCAGGAGGAUUCUGGGGACCAGGCCACAUCAGGCAUGGAGGUGGAGAGCAGCGUGGAGCCCACCUUGUCAGUGCCCUCAGUCACCCCGAGUACAGUGACCCUGGGAGAUCAGGACUUCACUAACCAGGAGGUGGUGGGCACUGAGCUGUCAGCUGUAGGGCUGGGGGUGGAGCCUGAGGUCCCCCAGGGAGCAAGUGAAGAGGAGGCUACAGUGGGAGCAACCGGCUUGGCUGGCCAGCAAGGGGAGCUGCCGUCCUCCACCUCACUCUCGCAAACUGAGGUUCCAAGUGGGGCUGUGGCCCCCAGUGAGGGUCACCUUGACCCCAGGACCCCAGCCUCUUUCCCAUCUGGACCCCAAGACACAGAGCCAACACCUUUCUCUACUACCUGGGGACAAAAAAGUGUCAGCCAGCAGACCCUAGAAGAGCAAGCAAUAGAAGCUCACUCCAGGACACCCUGGGAUUCUGCUCAGGUUAUCUGUAAGGACUGGAGUAACUUGGCCGGGAAAAGCUACGUCAUCUUAAACAUGACGGAGAAUGUGGACUGUGAGGUGUUCCGGCGGCACCGGGGGCUUCAGCUCCUGGCCCUGGUGGAGGAGGUGCUGCCUCGCCACCGCAGUGGCCGCCGUGGGGACUGGCGCAUCUCCUUGAGCAAGCCCAGCGAGAAGGAGCAGCACCUGCUGAUGACACUGGUGGGCGAACAGGGCGUGGUGCCCACCCAAGAUGUCCUUUCCAUGCUGGGUGACAUGCGCAGGAGCCUGGAGGAGAUUGGCAUCCAAAACUACUCCAGUACCAGCAGCUGUCAGGCGCGGGCCACCCAGGUGCGCAGUGACUACGGGACACUCUUCGUGGUGCUGGUGAUCAUCGGCGUCAUCUGUUUCAUCAUCAUUGUGCUUGGCCUGCUCUACAACUGCUGGCAGCGCCGGCUGCCCAAGCUUAAACACGUGUCACACGGCGAGGAACUGCGCUUCGUGGAGAACGGCUGCCACGACAACCCCACGCUGGACGUGGCCAGCGACAGCCAGUCGGAGAUGCAGGAGAAGCAGCCUAGCCUGAACGGUGGCGGGGCCAUCAACGGCCCGGGGAGCUGGAGCGCGCUCAUGGGCGGCAAGCGCGACCCCGAGGACUCGGACGUGUUCGAGGAGGACACGCACCUGUGAGCGCGGCCCGGCCAGGCCGAGUCGCCUGCAGAGAA